AUGACAAGCGCAUUUCAAAUCAUUUCUUUUUCUUCGAUGCCUUUCAUUCGACUUUCCUCUAAAGAUGACGUUUUUGCAAUUAGUGAUAAAGAAUGCGAGAAGCAUGCUAAAUUACUAAAAUUGUUGGCCGAUGGAGAGUGGAAAAUUAUUAAAACUGAUUUUCAUUUGCCAAUGAACAAGCAAUCAAUUGAAGAAUACGCGUGGAUGAUUGGCAAACAGACAUGGGCUGCUUUCAUUGAAAAAGGAUUUGCUAAACUCUUUGGAAGUUACAAGUCACUUUCUGCUAAACCUAUAGACGUCGCGUUUAGAAAACUCACAGGAGCCUUUUCAAAAAAUUAUGAGCUACGAAGUUUCAAAAAUUGUGAUGCCGUUUGGGACAUGAUUGUUGAAGCCCACUUGGCUGGAUUUUUACUGUGUACAUCCAAACUAUCUCUAGAUGAAGAGAGUGCCGAAUACAUAUUUAACUCGACUGGCAUAAAGCAAAAUCAUGCGUACGCGAUUCUAAAUUCAGUUGUGUUUGAAAACCACAGACUCGUUCAAAUUGGCAACACUCAUGCGUGCGACAAAUGGAAAGAGUUACAUAAGGAAUGGAAUUCCCUACAUUAUUUUUAUAAUAAAUUUUCUUCCAAACUACCGAGACGCCCAUAUAUCAGUCAUUUGGAUGAUAUGAGUUUUUGGAUGGAUAUUGAUCAAUACUGCGAGCAUUUUAGUAGUCUUACUGUAUGUGAAUAUCGGAAGGAUUGGAAAGAAAUUCGCUUCAGACAGACUAAUGAUUUGAAACAAAGUCGAGAAACUGAGGCUUUGCGAAUGACUGUUGAUAGAAGAUGUGAGUUAGUCGUUGAGGUGACUGAUCGAGUACUUGCAAAGAUUUGGGUUACAAGGAACAGAGACACCGAAGUGAGUUUUGUAAAACAAGACGUGAAAUAA